AUGCUCGGAUGUCAACUGGCUCUUCAUGGCAUUAAGUUUCGUAUUUUCGAUAAGAAUUUGAAUCAUACAACACAAUCACGAGCUCUUGUAAUGCAUGCUCGUACACUGGAAAUCUUUGAUCAAAUGGGUUUAUCGCAGGAAGCAACAUCCAAAGGAGUAAUUGCCAAUGGUUUCAGUGGUUUUUUUAACGGUAUUCGACGAAUGAGAACAGAUAUGAAACUACUUCGUACAAAAAAUUUAAGUAAAUUUCCAUAUAUUCUAAUAAUUGAACAAUCGUUAACAGAAGAAAUCUUGGAAAAUUUUUUAUUUAAACAUAAUUUAACGAUCGAUCGUCAGUGUGAAUUAGUCGAUUUUAUUCAAAAUUCUGAGAAUAGUGAUUUGAUUGAUGUAACAAUUAAAGAUUAUACUAAUGAUGAAUACGGUAAAAUAAUUAAAAUUCAGACAAGAUAUUUAUGUGGUUGUGAUGGUGCUCAUAGCACAGUAAGAGAAAAAUUAAAAUUAUCAUUUUCAGGAAGCACCUAUAAAGACUCAUUGUUUGUUAUUGAUUGUCAAAUAAAAUUCUUAGACGACAAAGAAGAUGAACAACAGAUGAUAAAUAAUAAUAAAAUAUCACGAAUGGAUGAAAUGGAAGUAUAUGUUACAAAAGACGGUUUAGGUCUUUUAUUUCCAUUGAAAGGAAAUGAUCGAUGGCGUGUACUUGGUACUGUUCCACAUGAAUUGUUAUAUAAAGGAGAUCAACUACAAUUUGAAGAUAUUGAACAAAAUUUUGCCAAACGUAUUCAGAAAAAUAUUCAGUUAUAUAAUUAUUCAUGGAUAUCUGUUUAUCGUGCUCAUCAUCGUUAUGUUGAAACAUUUUAUUAUCAAAAGAAAUAUUUCUUACUUGGUGAUGCAGCUCAUAUACAUUCACCAGUUGGUGGACAAGGAAUGAAUACUGGUCUACAAGAUGCAUAUAAUUUAGCGUGGAAAUUGGCUUAUUCAAUUCAAAAGAAAACUACUGAUAAUGAAAAUGGUAUGCAUAAAUUACUUAAUACGUAUAAUGAUGAACGAAUUACUGUAGCUAAAAAUCUGGUUCAAACAACUGAUCGUGCAUUUGAAUUUAUGACAAGUCAAAAUCCAAUUAAACGUUUUUUACGUUUGUAUGUAAUACCCUUCGUUCUUCAGUUUAUUCUAUUUCCAGUGAUGAGAAAUUUUCAAUUUCUUCGUGAAUCAAUAUUCAGACGUAUAUCAAUGAUUGGAAUACAAUAUCAUCAAAGUCCAUUGUCAUCGGGAUCUUAUAGUAGAAUUGGUAUUGUACAACCAGGUGAUAGAACACCUUAUGUAUAUACACAUCCAAAUUUGUUCUAUAGUGAUAAAGAUGAUAUAACAUACUUUCAUUUAUUAUUAUUAAGUUCAGAAGUCAAACAUGAUAGAGAAUUAUUAUUUUCUAAAUUUAUAGAUGAAUAUUAUACAAAUAUAAUUAGAGUACAUAAAUAUGAUUAUUCACAAGAAACAAGUGAAAUUUAUAAUGUAUUUGAUGUUAAUAAAAAGAGUGGAGCAUGCUAUCUUAUUCGUCCAGAUAUGUAUAUUGCAUAUAAAUCAACAACAUUCAAUGUUGAACAUUUUCAAUCUUACAUGUCAGAUUUCUUUCGUAAAUCUUGUUAA